AUGGCAACAACCUGUCUAUGGAUCAAGUGGAACUCGCGCUUCUAUGCCUUUGCGUUUUCGAAUUUCUCACUCACGAUGGCAAAAGGGUCGGCGAAGAAAAUUCACGAAAAGAAUACCCAAACCCUCUCCAACCUUCUCAAAACGCAUGCGGGAGUCACAGCCUUCUAUAUUCUUUGGCGAGUUUUCUUUCUAUGGUCUUCCCUGUCAAAAUGGCAUAUCAUAGGGUGGGCUUUAGCAAACGGACUAUUUGUAUGGUUAUACCGCUCGUUAGGUGCUUCUGCAACACCGAGUUUUGGUCCUAAUGGCGUGAUUGAGGACGCGGGGGCGGAUUUGUCGGCGGAGGGCCUGGUUGCCUACAUGUUUGACAUAAUAUAUAUUGGAUGGUUUGUGCUGGUCGCGACGGCCGUGAUAUCGGAUAAAUUCUGGUGGACGUAUCUAGUCGUACCAGGGUUCGCAGCAUACAAGAUCUAUGAUAAGGUUGGUCUAUGUACAGGUAGUGAUGGGGAGCAUUACCUAAUUGGAUUUUCUUCGGCUUAG